AUGCUUCUACUUUUUGUGCGUCAUGGUGAAACAGAUUUUAAUAAAAAUGGCAGAAUACAGGGAUCUUUGGAUACUUCUUUGAAUGAAGUUGGUAAAAAACAAGCAAUAGAUCUUUCAAAUUGUCUUUGUACGAUGAAAAUUGAUAAAGUUUUUUGUAGCAAUCUUAUACGUGCAAAACAAACAAUUGAGCCGUUUCUAGAAAGAAAACCAGAUAUUCCUUGUCAAUAUUUUUCUGAACUUCAAGAAAAUUGUAUGGGAACAUUAAGUGGAUUGACUUGGGAUGAAAUAAAAUUAAAGUUGAAACAAGAAAAAACUUCACUUGAUGAUUAUGGUGAAAGCAAAAUUGAAUUUAUACAGAGGAUUAUGAAUUUUUGGGAAAAUGUAAUACUGCCUAUGCAAGGUCAUAUUUCUACGAUUCUUAUUGUUACUCAUGGCGGGUAUAUUGCAACACUCGUUAACCAGCUUUCUAAAUUGGGGUUUCUUAAUGUUCCUAAAAAUAUUGUUAUUACUGGGUCGCCUAAAAAUUGUUCUAUAUCUGCAAUUAAUGUUUCCAACAAGUCAUCUUAUGAAUUAAUAUCUUAUUCAGACGUUAUGCAUUUAUUUUAUUCUCAAGAAAUAAUUGUUGGUGUAGAUUACAAAAAAAUUGAAAAUAGCAAUCUUUCUAUCUAA